GGGCCGGCAGGCUUCUUCCGACUCUUCCUGCCCUGGCCAUGGCGGUGUUCAGGGACAUGGAGGAAGUGAGCCAGGGACUGCUCAGUCUGCUCAACCUUAACCGGGCCGGGACGCGGGUGCGGCGGCUCCUGGGACGACAGGAGCGAAUGAUCGAAAAGCUGCUGGACACGAAGAAAGAUACCCAUCGGCUCCUCUCAGAGAUCCUUACUAUGGAGGAAGAUGUGGCCCAGAAACUUAUUGAUGAGGAAGAAAUAGCACAACAUGUUGAAUCCAAGUUACAGAAAAUUGAAUCUGAGCUUCGGAAGGCCAGUGAGAAGGAUGCCAGUCUAAAGGCUGAUCUCCAUCUGUUGACAAAAGAGCUGGAAGAACUCAAGGAAAUGGAACGAGACCUCACAAGGACAGAGGGAGAAGUGGAUGAAGAUUCAACUGUUGUGAUCCCUUCAGCUAUAUAUGUGUCUCAACUUUAUCAUCGAGUCAGUAAAAUUGAGUGGGAUUACGAAUGUGAACCAACUAUUAUCAAAGGCAUUCAUCAUGGUCCCAACAUUGCCCAGCCUAUCCAUUUGGAUAGCACCCAGCACUCUAAGAAGUUUAUCAGUGACUAUCUCUGGAAUUUGGUGGACACACAGUGGUGACCAAUCCAUUGGCCUCACUGGUGUGUAUAUAGAUGUAGCAGGAGGAGGGGGGGGGGUGUGAAGUGGAGGGGUGCCUCUUUAGGGUGGGUGAGCUCAGUUAUGUGGAUACUAGACCACUUGGUACAUUUAUGUCUAAUAUUGAUAUAACUUCACUGUCUGUGGUCCCUUUUAGUAAAAUGUAAUCUCCUUGCUUAUCUCUUUUAAUUAGAUCUAUUUUUGCUUUUGCUUUGUCUGAGAUCAGUAUUGCUACCCUUACCUUUUUUUAACUUCAGCUGAAGCAUAAUGGAUUCUGCUCUAGCCCCUUCCCUUUACUCUGUGUCUCUGUUUCAAGUGUGUUUCUCAUAAAUAACAUAUUGUAGGAUUUGGUUUUUAAUCUACUCUGCUAUCUGCUUCUGUUUCAUGGGUGAGUUCACCCCAUUCACAGUUUUGAGUACUAUCUUUAUAUUUCCCUCUAUCCUAUUUUUUCUCCUGUUUAUCCUUCCCUCUCCUUUCACCCUUUCCCUUCUCACCAGUGUCACAGAAGCAUUAAGGGAGGAUUUGAAUCCAUGAUUUCACCUUAACAUUAUAGCCAGGAUAACACCCACCAGGCCAUCAGCUCCCUGAAAGUGACUGGCAGUUUGAGACCUCAAGUCUCCAGAUUAGGCUGCAGAGUAAGAACAUCUGCCCAAUAAUUUUCCUAAAAACAGCUUACUAUCCCAGGACAGGACUGAUCAACCAGUCAGGAGUACAGAAAGGACUAUGCCAGUGUCAGAAGGGAUGAUCAGCAAGGACAGGAGCAGAAUCCUCUCUUGGCCUCUGCCUUGCUAUCUAACAGCUGCCAGGAGGUGGCACUAAGAACAAGGCCUGAGCCCCACUCUUCCCUUGUUCUUGCAGGGAUUUAGGCAAGCCAGUAGACUAGCACUUAUUAAGCCCAGCUUAAUGGCAGGCACCAUGCAAAUCGUCAGAAUCCAUUAGAUUCCCAGCCCCAACAUAGGACUUAGAGUUGUGGGGAAAGGGUAAUGGCCCUCUGGCCCAAGAGAAAAACAAAGAACUCUAAUAUGACCCAUGCAAUUGGCUGUUAGAGUAAGAAACAGCACCAGUGACUCCAUUUUGCCUUUAUCCACCAUUUUGUGAGGCCGUUUCUGCUGCUUGUAAGUGACCUGAUGUUGGGGAUGUCACAAGAUCACUCCCCUCCUAAAGGAGGUCGAUCCACCCACCUUAAGGAGAGUUACAAAACUAUUCCCUCUUGCUCCUACCUCAAUGUUUCCCAAAACUCUUCACCCCCGAGAAACCAGAUAAUCCCUAUCAUUCUGUUUUUCAUUCCUUCCAAAUUGUAUAGAAACCAAGUUUCAGGGUCCUUGGCUACCAGAGAGCCUUGGUCCCAAAUUGUUUUGCAACCACCUUCAUUCCUAAAUAAAUGGUUUG